CACCAUGGCAACCAGCCCAUCCCUGGCCUCCCUCUCUCCCUUUACCCUGGUUACUGGGCUCUCUCCUCGCACAGUCCUAGAUUCGCCGUGGCUGGGAUAGGCCAGCGGAGCCGGCCCAGUGCUUCAGCGCCGAUAACCCGGAUGAUUUAAAAAAAAAAAAAAAAAAAAAAGUAUUUGGCGGAGAGAGAGAGAGAGAGAGAGAGAGUGAGAGUCAAUGAACUACAACUCCCGGCAUGCCAAGCGAAGCCACUGCAACCGGAAGUAGCUCCACUACCAACUGUGGGUUCCAGGCUGCAGCUCUGCAUGGAGGGCAGUGACAGGUUUGUGGGCUCAUCCAUAACACCCCACUGCACGUGUUUAUAAUCAGUAAUAGAAAUACCUGAACAGUGUGAGGUUUGAUAUCAACAUAUAAUGUGCACAGGGUCUGUACAGAGGGGGGGAUGGGGGGUCUGUUUAUCCCAAUGGUAAACACUAUUCCUUGUUUAUAUGUAUGUUUACUAGCUAGAUAGGGACAUUAAGGGAUUUUAUGAAGAAUAACAGGGUUAUUCAUUAAAGUGAGAAUUUAAACUGAAUUCAAAGUGAAUUUCAAAUUUAAGAGUGGUCAAACUAAUAGUUGACUUGGAGAAUUUGGCUAUUUUUUUUUAUUUUUUUAAACCUUAGAUUUAGAAAUUCAAUUAGAAUUCACCUGGAAUUCUCACUUUAGUUGAUAACCCUGUAAGUACAAUUUUUUUCUUUUAAUUAUCUAAAUUUCAACUAAAAGAGUGCCCUGUCGCUUUAGUCACGAACUAGUAGUUGUGCAUAGCUUGCGUUGUAAUGGGGAGUUAGGUUUAUAAUUUGAAAAUCCCUUCUUGGUUAUCCGCUAUAAAAUUACCACGGCUAGGAUUAUACACUAAAUGAGAAAUUGUACAGAAUAGAUAGGGGACAUUGUAAAUUGUAGGCGAAAUACUUGAAAACAAUCAAGAUAUAUUGGCCUAAAAUGGACAAUGGUGUGUCCGUUUUUACCAGUUCCCAGUUUUGUGCAUGUACAAACAUUCUGCAUGUGUAUUUCGGUUGUAUUUUAUUUAAAACUAAACUCGGACUUGCAGAGACCAUACAAAUGCAUACACAUUUUUGAGGCAGCUUGGUACAGUGAAACAAUAUUCAAUUUUUGUAAACUAGAAACCAUUGCUUUGGAUGGCCUUUGUAGUGUCAAGUUCAGUAAAUUAAUUUUCCAAUUCAGUUUAAGGGCACCAGUUCAAUUCAUUGCAUUUUAUGGAAAGCUUUUAUUUGUGAAUUUUCUUCCUGCCUUUUUCUUUAAUUAUUGUAAUGUAGUUGCCUGCAUUAUGUCUUACUCACAAAACACAGGAGUUUAAAGAGACACUAUAGUCACCAGAACAACUACAGCUUAUUGAAUUUGUUCUGGUGAGUAGAAUCAUUCCUUUCAGGCUAUUUGCAGUAAACACUGUCUUUACAGAGAAAAUGCAGUGUUUACAGUACAGCCUAGGGAUACCUCCAGUGGCCACUCCUCAGAUAACUACUAGAGGUGCUUCCUGUGGCACUGCUGCACAAUACAGUUAGUGCCUUCACCCUCUUACCUCAGAGAUUCAAUGCAUCUCUAUGAGGAGAUGCUGCUUGGCCAAACUGUGUUUGACUUGUGCUGGCUCCUUGACAGUCUCAGUCAAUCCAAUGGGAUAGCAUUGUGAUAGGCUGAGAGAAUAAUUUCUGAUGAUGUCAGCGAAGGAAGGCGAUCCGGUGCAGAGCCAGCAGCACAAGACUGGAAUAAAGUUAUGAUUUUUACUAUAUUUAGGGGGACCGGGGUGACUAGAUGGUGGUUUUAACACUAUAGGCUCAGGGAUACAUGUUUGUGUUGCUGACCUUAGAGUGUUCCUUUAAUGCACAGUUUGUUAGUAACAAUUUCACAAUAAUAAGACAUUGUGUGGGGCAGGAACAUGUUACAGUUGUAGGAGGUCCCGAUUUGUAUUUAUAUUAUUUAUAUGUUUAGGGGAAUGCAUAGCUUCCCUGAGUUAUAUAGAUUGAUGAAUUAUGGACUGAAUUUCUAAGUGCAGAUGGUUGUGCAAAUCACUGCAGAUUUGAGACAGAGAGAAUGGAGUCAAAGUACCUUUAUGUCGUAACCUGUGCAUAAUGUUAAUUUCCUUUCGUUAGAUGUGUAAUUGUCUCUUUAGUGUAGGUCUAUAGAUUAAAAAAAAUAUUUUGUCAGCUAAGUUUUACAAAUACAUUAUACGAAAAUUAAAUCCAUUUAUUAUAUGAAAACUUAAAUUGUUUUAAAAGAUGAUCUCUGCAAUAUAUGUAGGCUAAUAAAAUUAAGAGCACUAUCAGUGAGAGAUAAUCUGAUGCUUCUUGGCUUGAUAUAGGAGGAAGAGCACAAGUUUGGAAAAUGAUUUGACGCAGAUGCUCCAUGUGUCAGCCUGAGUUACGCUAAUGGGUAAUGACUUUUUGAUUGUUUAACUGUUUUUCUUUAAUAUCUGUGUUAUCUAUAUUACAAACUGACAAAACUGAAGUAGACAUGGCUUGUAAACAAAAGUAAGCGAAGGCAGGUACACUAGGUGAACUGCACCCAAGUUCCCAACUACGUAAGUGGCAUGUACACCAUUAGCGUCUGCCACUCUUAUGGAUGCAGCUGCCCAUCCAACUAACUUGUUAAUAAUGUGAAUGGCUGAACUUGAUGGACGCAUGUCUUGUGGCAGUCCUCUCCUAGGUGAUUAAAGUGUUGCUCCCAAGGAUUCCAUUUCUCCCUUAGUGAAAGCCCCACAGUGAUUAUAUCCCUCCCCUAGUCAUCAGCCGAGGCUUGAUGUCACGGUAAAACAAGAAUACUUGAUUAGAGUGACUAUUGCCUUUUUAUACAUGGAUCCCCAACAGGAGAUCAUUAGUCCGAUACAUCACCGCCGAACAAUAGUCCCCCCAAAACCAUCCGUUUCCAUGCCCACAUCCACAAACUGGUUAUCCUCAUGGAUAGCUUUCCCCUAGACAGGAGUUCAGCCCAAAAGGCUCUCAGUUCGAAGGUUCCUCUCCCAUAUGAUAUAUUUUGAAUGGUACGCGAGCAUCCUCCGAUCUGACGUAGAGUUCCAGAGUGCUGUGUGGAAAGUCCCAUUCACUUUCAAUUUCUGCAUACAGGGUAAGUGCAUGGAGCCACCUCAAGUUCCUGGUGUCGUUCGAUGCCUCGCCACCUCCUCUAUCACCCCUCCAAACAGCGACUUGUUUGGUGGUCCUGGGGCAGAGAUCGACCUUGAUGAAGUUUGACUGGACCGCGGUCCGAUCUAGAGUUCAGGAGGUUUGUAGGUCGCUCCCCGUAUUGUUUUGUUUGAUAACCCCAAGUUGUGAUUACUCCUCUAUAUGUAGUUUAAUAGAGUCAAUUCUACUUCAUCCUUCACUAAGUCUCGGGUAGUGUUUGGGUGAGACUGCUAUACAUGUUGGAACUAUAAUCACUGUGUCCUGAUCCAGGGUGGAAAAUCUCCAAAAGGACCCCAGUCAAACUGUGGUGGCUGGGCAGAAGCAUUCCAGGUUUUCAUCUGUGGCUGCCAGGGUACAAGAAGCUCCAUCACAAAGUGAAACUGUCACUUGUGAAAAUUUUGCACAACCAAAUUUGCAUGUGCUGUUUAUUUUAAUUUUAAUUUACAUGCUCUGCUGGUGAUGGCUUGCGCUCAUAUAGCACUAUUGAUGGAAUGCAUAAGUGCACAUGGACUUGAUCGAAUCAUCAUGGCGUGUGAAGUCACCUGUGUGACAAACGGAACUUCGUCACGGGUUCUUGGAGGGGACUGCUUGCCAGCCUCCUGCCAAGGGACUAUGGACCCUUUAAAAAAAGAUGUGAACAGGCUUGAUUCGUGGGAUUUCAUAUUUGGUACGAGAACCGAACAGGCGCAUGAACCAGAGACCACCCGGGAGCUUGUUAAGCCUAAUUGACAGUUUGAAACACUUUCCACUGCAGUGUUCUAAGUGUUCGUCUGGGUGACCACUGUUCGCAUGAAUGACCACGAGGUGGCAGCCAUCUUGUUCCCGCGAACACAGGCAGCGGUGUUUGGUUGUCGAGUUCAUGAAACUGUUUUUGGACACUGAAACUCCCGAACACCCCUGAACUUCCAGGAUCACCUGCGUUCGGUUCUGCACAACUUAGAAGGGCACUGUUUGGUGGAAUCGUUCAUCUGGAUGAGGAGAGCAAGCUCCAGGGUAAGACCAUUGACUAUGUUUGGUAGCUUGUUUGUUUUUUUUAAACUACAGAACUAGAUCGACCACAAGCCCUGAUUCCCUGGAGCCUCGUGUGGUCAGUCAAAUUAGGAAAUCCCCAACUCCUGAACAGAUCUGGGUGAUUUUUGGAAAUGUUGGUCCCCCAGAUCGGUGCUAUCAGGGUAUAUGACUUUUGUGGAGUUUCUGUGUGUUUUGGGUAUUAUAAAUUUGUGUGUUUUCUGUGCCUGUAGAUCAAUUAUCUCCCAGGCACAGAGGAGGGAUUAUCUUGUUUUAUGUGGCAGUGUCCUGGACCAGAGAACCAAUGUAAUCAUGUGUAUGUUUUUGCUGUAGUCUACUCUCAGGUCCAGUGGGGAAUGCCCCUGCAAUAUGUAACCGGAAACCCCUUGCAUGAGGACCUGCAUAUAAGGCCAGUUGUGGCUGCCAUUAAACAUAUUUGUUUUACCCUUCAUGAAGUCUAGGCUUAUGUUUGGGGGAUUGGAGAGCUAUAUUCACUCUGGGAAUUGCUAUAAUCACUAUACUCCCUUGAUUUACAACAGUUGCUCUUGUAAGAGCAGCCUGCUUUGCUCUCUGGAUUGGGAGAGGUUUACCCACUGGAAGCUGGAUCCUGGUUUUGGGUAAAGGGUGGAUGGAGGACAGCGAGCUCCCAUCCAAGCUGCGGUGGUUUGUGGGGUUUACUGUGGUUAUGGUGUGCGGUGCUUGGAAGUACUCAGAGGUACUAGAAAGCAGUAAUUGGCUGAGGCACCCAGUCUGGGUUCCAGGUGGUCCGUCACAACAUGAAAAGCAGAUGUGCAGGUGUAGUAAUUGUUGUUUUUUAAAUUUAUUUUUUAUUUACCGCACUCCACUCAAUGUGAUUAUACAUCACAUUAAAUGCUUCACUAGCAUUUAUUGGUGUGCUGGAACAAAGACGUGCCUCAUCAGAAAUAUUACAGUUCUGUUUAAGUGCCUUCUCUGCACUGAACUGCCCUGUGGCCUAAUUAGGAGAGGUCUUUUGAUCUUUCAUUACUGGAAAACUGUAGUUUAGACUAAAAGGGAGGCUUUUGCCAAGUCACAUACCCUCGGUUAGUCAUAUUUUCCCUUUUGCAUUACAUACCACUAGCCAUCCAGUCAUAUUUACCAAUCCACCCACCGAGUAAAAUAAGUUACCCACACCCACUAAACCAGGAACACAUACAAACCUACAUCUUUAGGCUUGCAAAGCAUAUUGGAAAAUGUUGUCCACAAACAUCUGCAAUGCUAUGGACGAUUCUAUUGACCACAUUCUUUUAGAACCUAGACAGAGUUUACAGCUCCAUGAAAUUGAUUAUACUAGCCACAUCACUAUCAAAUGAAUAGAUGGAUAUUUAAUUUGAAUACCUACCAAUACAAGUCCUCUAUUGAGUAUGCUGGUCCAUUGCACUAGAAAUUUCCAAAGCUGUCUGCUGGCAGUCCAUGUGGGCCGCAACAUGCAUUUAUUUCUGGUGGCCUACUUGGAGGAAUCAUACAGUCAUCAGGCAGGUUUAUUUUGUAAUCUCUCUAUCUGAUAUGAAUUGCUGAAUUACAUUUCUUUAAAAAAAAUAUUUAAGGCUUGAAUUUCCUUGGCAAUAUUUUGUGUAUAUUUUUUGAGUUAGUUGGAUUCAACUUUAAAUCAAUGUUUUUCUCAACAAUCCAUGAGUCAUUUUAGUUUUUUUUUUCUUUUUCUGUUUCUUUUCAGACAGUUGUACCACCUCCAAUACAAUAGUUGUACCACCUCAAAUACAAUACAAUAGAAAUGAGUAUCACACAGAAUCAUUUCCUGUUGACUGGGAAGGAGAAACUGACAUUUCCCUUUCUAUCCGUAAUGAAGAUAACAACUAUGGUAGUUUCCAGGAAGCGGCUGAAAAUAAAGGAAUUCAUGUUGCAGAGACCGAGAAAUCAGUGCCAGAUAAAAUAGAAAGUGGUCAGUAUUUCUUAGACUUUUGGGAAAGAUCAGUUCAGAUGGACAGUAGGAUUCACAACGGGGAGAAGCGCUAUCAUUGUAAUGAAUGCGGGAAAACCUUUACACGCAAGUCAUCCCUCAUAGUGCAUCAAAGAAUCCACACAGGGGAGAAACAAUUCAUGUGCACAGAAUGUGGGAAGAAGUUUGGUCUCAAGUCCUCCCUUGUUCGUCACCUCCGAACUCAUACUCCGAAGACACUUAAUAUUUGCCCUGAUUGUGGAAAGUGCUUCACUCGAUAUUCCAGCCUUUUCCAGCACCAGAAGGUCCACAGGAGAGAGAAGACAUAUAAAUGUACAGACUGUAAUAAAAGCUUCUUACGGGAACCUCAGUUUGUAGCUCACCAGAAAACCCACAAAACGUUAAAACCCUGUGAAAAAGAAGAAUGUACUGAGAAUGUUAAUGACCCAGACAGGUGUGAUAACCACUCUAACACCAGUAGCACAGUGAUGCCUUUUGUCUGUGAAGAGUGCGGUAUGAGCUUUAAGGAACAAAGUGUAUUAAAGAGACAUCAGAGAACACAUACAGGUGAGGUCUUAUGAGGUAUUCAUUGAGUUAAAAAUCAGAAAGCUUACUGAGUGUCUGAAGCAAGGUGUAAAGUAAAAGGAAACUGUCACCCCAAAUAUUAAUUAACUUUGGAAGGUAUUUAGAGUGACCAUGCUAAGUGGUCACUCUAAGCACUAAUCACAUCUAAAUGGUGCAUAGAGUAAAAUGCAUGAGCUAUACAUGUUACAUUUUUAUAAAAAGUCUAUAAAGCAGGUCUGGCUGAUAAGCGCUUGGACUACCAGAGAAUGCCUGUACCUCCAUUAUAAACCAUCAUUAAUAGCCUCAUCAUUUUAUGACCCCAUUGUCACAUUUAAACAAUAAUACAAGAGUUACCCUACCAGAUUCAAAUCUCCCAUUAUGAUCCUAAAACGAUUAAUUGAGUUGAACAGUUACACAGAAGAGUAAAUUGUGGCAUUAAAACGUAAAGCCCUUAGGUGGCAGACUUGCAUCAAAUAAAAGAACAAUCUGAGCUUUGGCUCAAUAGUUGCACCUCUCAGGAAACAUGAUUUACUGUGUUGGCUUGAUGAAAAGGGACACUGUAAGUUGAAUAGGUUAUAGUGCCUGGAGUCCCCUGGCACUGUCACUCUAUUCUGUGUUAAAUAGAGUUGUGCACGGCAGUAUUUUUCAGUUCGUCUGAAUUAAUUUGGAUGAAAAUAAAAUGUAAGUUUCGGCUCAAAUUAAUUUUGUCUAUGAGUCGAUUCAUUUUGUAUUCAAGUUGUUAGAUAUUUUCGUUUCGUAAUUUACAUAUGGACGUAUGGAAUGCCGUGAUGUUUCUGUGGUUAGAAAUGGAUAAGUCCAUAAUUUAGUACCAUUAUAGUAGGGUUUCAAUAUGUAUUGAAAAAGGUAUUUUCUUAAUUUUGUUCUUUCAGCUGUUUAGUAAAUAGGUCCUUAAUCUUGUACCGUUAUGUAGAAUUACUGUAUGUAAGGAUACGAAAUGGGGAGAUAUCAACUGAACACAGCUCCCUAACUUGGCCAUAGUACCCUUAAAGAUAGUAAUCCCACAUAAGGGUGCCAGUUUUAUGAAUUAUUUACAAGAAUUAACUAAUAAAUCUUCGUUCAUUAGUUUAUGCUUCCAUUGUGCCAUUCGGACGAAUGGGCGAAAGAGACAAUUUUCUAUAAAAUUGUGUUCCUUCCAAAAUUGAAUGCCCAGUUUUUGUACUAAACUGUUUUUGAACCCUAAUAAGUAUACCUGGCUAUCCACAGCCCAGCCCCCACUGGGGUUAUGGCUAAGGCAGAGAUACAACAAUUCUUUCUAGCCAUACCAAUUCAUACCAGCAAUGGAUACUGUGAUAGGCUGAAUAUUGUCUGCUCAUCCAAUCAUAUCUUUCUCAUUAGCCAACGUAACACAGAGGGGAUGUGUUGUUCGGCACUCUUGUUUAUCAUAGAAACAUUAAAAAUGGUUUAACCCCUUAAGGACACAUGAUGGAAAUAUUCCGUCUUCAUUCCCUUUUAUUUCAGAAGUUGUGUCCUUAAGGGGUUCAUGUUGAAUGAACUGAUGGCAACAGGGAAUUUUAGACACUAUAACCUUUUUUUAUUUUAUUAUUUUUUUUUUUGUAGUUUUGAAGCGGUGCAUGUUACAUCAGACAUUUCUAGACAUUUGUUAUGGCUGUAUCAUAUAGUAUGUCAUAUAUGCAGUUGCUUGUCGUAGUAAUUGCGUACAGAAUUCAUCCAAACAGUUUCCAUUGUAAACAGAUACAGUGCAUGGCCUUACAUGGCCCUAUCGUCAGUAGGAUGUCGGUUCGUUGAAACCAUUGCACCUUUUUUUGUUCUGGAUAUAUAUAUCAUAACACAACAAGUAUAGUGAUAACAUAAUAAUACUUAAUGGGGGAUAGAGAAAAAAGAGAACGGGGGGUGAUGUGGAGGAGGGACGAAGGGGGGGGUGUUGUCAAGGUAUUCAGUUGCACAUUUGUCUAUGUUAGUCAACCUCUAUGUGUGUGGUGUUCUAGGGCUUGUUUCGCAUUGGCAGUCUUGUUCCUUACUGUUUGAGGAUGAUUCGACUUUGUGUGUGUCCCACAUUUCCCAGGCCGUUACCCAAAAUUUUUUUCCGGGUCUCAUUUUCCUAGCCAUGACUUCGUACCGUUUGGCUGAUUCUAUAAUUUGGGUGCAAGUUGACAAUUGCGGAGUGUGUCUCGACAGCCAGUUCCUGCCUAUUAGUUGUAGAGCCGCUAUCAGAAUAUGGUACAUGAGAUAUUUAGCAGAUAUUGCUAUAUUUGGAGGGAACAAUUGUAAAAGGUAUAAUUCAGGCUGAGGCGGCAUGACUAUCUUUGUAGUGGUUUUUAUCAGUUUGGAGAUUUGUGCCCAAAAGGGUACAAUUUUAGGGCAUGACCACCAGAUGUGGUAUGUGGUUCCUGGUUGGUCCAUGCAUCUCCAGCAUUUACCUGUUGAUUGGGUGUUUAUGUGUUUUAGCUUGGUUGGGACAAUGUGCCAGCGAUAUAGUAUUUUCCUGGAUAUUUCUACGUGUGAGGCGCACAUCGUUAAGUUUUUAUUAGCUGAGAAUAUGUGGAGCCACUGUGUGUCGGUUAGUUUCAUAUUUAGGUCUCGUUCCCAGGCUGCGAUGAACGGGGGUUUUAUGGGAUAUGCUUUGCGGGUGAUUUCAUGAUAUAAUUAAGACAUAGGUUUAUUUGGCGGCUUGGUUAGUAGACACAUUUGUUCCGCCAUGGACAACUUCGGAGAUUGUUCGGAUUGGGCCUUUGAGGGGUGGCAUUUAUAAAGCCAUGAUUUUAUCUGCAUGUGAGAGAAGUGUAGUGUCUUUGGUACUUGAUAUUCAGUUUGUAGGCGCUCAAACGAGAGCAGGUUGCCUUUGUCGAGUAGCUGGUGCAGGUGUAUCACGCCAUGGGAGGUCCAUGUUUUUGCAUUAAAGUAGGGUAUGAGUGACGUGAGAGCCUGCAGUUUCAUAGCGGGCGACGGGUACUCCGACGGCCAGGAUUUGGUCUGGUGUUUGUCCCAUAAGGACAGGGAUAACCUAGUUGUUGGUAGCAUAUUUCUGUAUUUGGGUCUGUGGGCGCGCGGUAACCAUGCGAGUGUGGUGAUAUCUUGUCCUUCUGUGUAAGUGGACUCAAUGACGAGCCAUUCUGGCUGGGGAUCUUGGUGGAAUGCUGUGAUUAAUGGGCUGAGAAUUGAUGCCGAGUAAUACGCCUGUAAAUGUGGGAUCCCCAGACCCCUCUGCUUGAAGGGUUUGCGUAGCACGGAUGUUGCUACUCUCGCUUUUUUCUUGUUCCAUAUGAACUCGUUGAGGAGGGUCUGUGUUUCCCGGAGGAAGGUGUGUGGGAGUUGAAUGUGUAAUGUACGGAAUAAGUACUGGAGUUUGGGUAGAAGUAUCAUUUUUGUCGCUGCAAUUCGUCCCAGCCAGGAGACGUAUUUGCCUGCCCAACCCAUAAUUUGACUUUUCAGUUUGUUCACUAGUUUAAUGUAAUUUGCCUGGAACAUGGCCUGCGAUGUGGCUGUAAAUGCAACUCCUAAAAAAGUUAGGUUGUCUGUCCGCCAGUCGUAUGCGUGGGCCUUUUUUAAAUCUUGCAAAGUGCGGGAUGACAUGUGCAUCCCCAUUGCUUGCGUUUUGGAAAUAUUGAGUUUGUAGUAUGAGCAUGCACUGUAAUCGGUCAGGAUGUCGUGUAGAAGUGGGAGUGAUGUGUGUGGUGAUUCUAUGGAAAGCAUGAUAUCAUCUGCAAACAUUGUGAGUUUGUGUUCCCCGGGGCCUAUUUGUAUACCCUUGACAUUGUGGCUCAAUCUUAUAUGUUGCGCUAAUGGUUCCAGGAUCAGGAUGUACAACAGCGGGGAUAGUGGGCACCCCUGACGCGAUCCGUUUGUAAUGCUAAAUUUUUUUGAUAUAAAUCCACUAUUGGCUACAUGAGCCGACGGUGUGGAGUAUAGCGCUGUCAGUAGGGACAUGAAAUUGGGAGGGAAACCGAAUUUUGCUAGCGUAGCCUCAAGGAAUCCCCAGUGCACCCUGUCAAACGCUUUCUCAGCAUCUAGCGAAAGGAACACACUGGGUCUUCCCGAGGCCCGCGCGCUUGACAUCAGAUCUAGUAGUUUCCUGGUGCCAUCCGAGCCCUGUCUCCCUCUGACAAACCCCACCUGGUUCGUGUGUAUUACCGAAGGGAUUAUAGAAGCAAGCCUAUUUGCGUAAAUUUUCGCUAGUAACUUCGUGUCGGUGUUUAGUAAAGAAAUCGGUCUCAGGUUCUGGGGCUUGGUAGGUGGCUUCCCCGGCUUGGGCAGCGUUGCAAUGUGGGCUAUCAGCAUUUCUGACGGCAUAUAGCUUGUCGUUAUGAUGGCGUUAAAUGUUUUCUCUAUUUGCGGGGCUAAAGUGGAUUUGAAACAUUUGUAAUAAAUGUUCGUGAAGCCGUCUGGGCCUGGUGCCUUUCCCUGUGGUAGGGCGUCUAUAGUUUUUUCUAUCUCAGCAGCGGUGAUCGGUUGUUGGAUCAUCGCCUGUUGGGUUGGGCUAAGGGAGGGGAGACAGGCCUGUGCUAAGAAGUUUUGUAUUUCUUGAGUUGUGGGUUGAUGUGUCUUAGUAUCCUGUGCUAGAUUAUAGAGUUUGUCGUAGAACUCCGCCAUGGUGUCAUUUAUCUGCUGUGGGUUUGUAAUUUUGAUGCCUGCAUUGUUAAAUACAUGCGGUAUUUUCGAUCUGGUUUGGUGUUGCCUUAAUAGGGAAGCCAGUGCUCUUCCCGCUUUGUUGCCCUGAGAGUAUUGUGUCAUUUUGAGUUUGGUUAGUGUAUCUGAUGUCUGUUGGAAUAAUAUAUCGUUUAUUGCUUUGGUGGUGCGGUAAAUUGCAUCCUGGCCUGCAGUAGACGGGGAAAGGAUAUGGGCCUUUGUUUGGUCUCUGAGUUUUUUGAGAAGGGUGGUGUAUUCCUCACGUGCCUUCCUUUUCAGGUAUGCCGCCCGACUAAUAAGGAGUCCCCGUAUUACCGCCUUAUGGGCGAGCCAUACAUUUUGGGGUUGUGUUUGCGGCGUGUAGUUUGUUUCGAAGUAUAGUUUGAUUUCUUUUUCUAUUGUAUUUUUGAAGGAGUCAUCAAGCAGAAGAUUGUCAUGCAGUUUCCAUGGGGAGGUUCCCCUGAAGGGAAAUUUGUCUUGUAGGGUUAGGCGUACGGGCGCAUGGUCUGACCAUGUCAGGUCUCCUAUCGUGCAGUCUAUCAUGGAUGUGAUGAGACUCGCAGCAAUGAGGAUGUGAUCAAUGCGUGAGCUGGUUUUAUGGGCUCUUGAGUGGUGUGUGUAUUCACGAACAUUUGGGUGUAUUGUGCGCCAGGAGUCAUAGAUAUUGUAUUCUAGCAGCAACUUUGUCAUAGCUUUGCAUUGGGGUUUGAGGGCGGCCUGCCUCCUGGUGUCACCAGCGACUGUCGUGUCUAAAGUUUGAUCAAAUAUAUGGUUCAAGUCUCCACACAAAAUCAAAUUUUGCAAUUGUGGGCUAGGUAUUUUGGAAAGGACUUUGUGUAAGAAAUUUCUUUGGUUUGUGUUCGGACUGUACACUGAGGCAAUUGUGUAGUUAAUGUCGUUUAUCGUGCAGUGAAUAAUGACGUAUCUGCCUUGGGAAUCUUUUUUAACUUGGAGUAGUUCGAACGAAAGUGAUUUGUGAACAAGUAUGGAUGCGCCUCUGGACUUGGAGGAGUGUGUGGAGUGGUAUUGCGUGGGAUAAUCUUGUUGUGCAAAUUUAGGGACUUUGGAAUGUGUGAAGUGCGUUUCUUGUACACAGAGGACGUCUAUCUUGUCUUUCCUGGCCAUGUCUAACAAGACACGCCGUUUGUGCGGGGUGUUCAAGCCGCACGCGUUAAUAGUGUGUAUUCUCAGGUUGUAAUAUUUGUUUGUUUAUUUGGAGUACUCUUGUAGAUCUAUUUGCGGAGAGAUUAACAUACCUUGAACCAGGAAGGGACAACUUGGAUGUGAUAGGGAAGAGGUGGGAAGGAAAGGAAUAUAUACAAGUUCCCUGUAGUCGGGAAGUGGUGCGGUGGGCGCGCACCGUGGGGUACGGAAACAUUUGUCUCCUGUGGUGUGGCGUGUUGGCUUAGUAGCCUCUGGGUUUGGACAGAACUGUUUUUUUUUUUUUUUUUGAAUAUGUUAGGGUUGAAGGGAAGCUUGGGUGUGGUUACUGCAUGAGUGGUUGCUGUACCGUGCAUCGCUAUGUUACCCCUUCACAAGUGUAUGUGGGGUAGGACGAGCCACUGGGGCUCUUAUGGGCAUUUGGAAGGGCACAUCUACAUUCGUGCUACAUCUUAGGCCUCUCUGCCCCAUUUCCAUUCCUAAACCCUAUCCCAGGGGUCCACCUGUCUCCUUAUCCCUAGGGCUGACUAGUAAUUUGUAUAGUCACAAAGGUUCUUCAACAGUGUCUCCCGCAACCCUUCAGUGAUGUCAAGGGUGGCAAAGGGGGUUUGCACAUGUAUCGAGAGGGCACAGGACACACAACGAGACAUAUAAAGUGGCCAGCGGUAUGGGCCACGAGGCACCCCGCGCGUCCCCCCGGUCCCUCCCCCCCCUCGGAGGGGAACGACCGGGGGAAAGCGCCCGGGCCCCCGCCGCCCACCCAUCGGACUCAGCCACUAUCCCAUCAAAUCAUUGAAAACACAUGUCCCAUCGGAUCCCCUACACCCCGCACUUCCCCGACCUCCCAGCCAUCACUGUCCAUGUGGCAACAUGAGGGUUCACAGUAGCUCAUAGGCUCCUUCAGGGGAGGCCCAUUUCCCUGCAUAUGCCCAAGAUCAGUUCAGACAAUGAUGUGUCCCCCCGUGGGUAAGAAGCUGAAGCUCUUCUGAGAUGCCAAAAAGCGCGCAAUGAGAGUCCCGCUGGGCCCUUCCAAUGUCAGUAUGCCUGUGGGAAAAAGUGUGUAGUGCACAAUACUUGCGUGUCCCUCAUGCAGCUGACAGCGUGGAUUAAUGUUUGUCCGGCACUCUCUGCCACUCUAUGCGCAAUCUGUUCGCUGACGGAGCUUUCUCGGGUUCCAGUUGUGGGUUGAUACCCCACGACUUCAGCUGGUUGGCGCCAUCUUCAGGGGUCAGGAUGGCCUGGAGAGAGCCAUUUCUGGUCACCAAAAGCUUCGUGGGAUAUCCCCACCUGUAUCUCACUCCAUUGGUGCGGAGAGCUGUAGUAAUGGGAGCGAAAUCCUUCCGUCUUCGCAGGGUGAUCGCUGAGACGUCUGGGAAGAUUUGUACCGUGGCGUAAUCAUCCGGAGGCUUGGGUUUACUUCUGCUGGCUCGGAGGACAUGCUCUUUAAUGUGAUAAUAAUGGGCACGUAACAGGACAUCCCUGGGUGAGGAAUCCGACAGGUGGCGUGGGCGCGGCACCCUAUGAACUCUGUCAAGCAGCAGCAUGUCAGACGGAAUCUCGGGAGCGUAAGCGCUUAGCAGGCCUCGCACAUAAGCUUGUAGUUCCGCCGGGAGCACUGUUUCGGGUACUCCCCGCAGCCGCAGGUUGUUUCGCCGAGACCUGUCCGCCAGUUUCGUUUCGGUGAGUAGUAGCUUGUCUUCCAGCCUCUCCACAUGUGUAGCGAGAUUGUUGUGGGCUGCCGCCAUUUCGUCUAAUUGUGAUUCUAUGUGCGACGUCCUCUUGCCUAUUUCUUGGACAUCUUUACGCAGUGAGUCCAUGGAGUGCUGCCAGGACCCGAUCAGCUUUCGAGACAAGGCUUCCAGUGCUUGAGUUAGGUGGCUUUUUGUCAGGGCAUCUCCUGGUGCAGACAUGCUCUGUGGGGUACUUUCUUCGUCGGUACCCUCGUCGCCAUCUUGGGCAGACGGUAGUAGGCCCGAAGGAGUUAAGUUAGGUUUCUGUUGAAAGAAACUCAAUUUUUCAGUUUUUGCUGAGCUCUUCUUGCUUUUAUGUUGCGACAUCUUCUGUGGUAGGGUUCGUAAUGCGUUCUGUGUGGUAGGAUUGCAACGGAUUGUCAGCCCGUUUGCCGGAGCUGAGGAUUAUGCGUCCAUCUUGUCCGGCAGUCGGCCACGCCCCCCACUAUAACCUUUUUAAUAAGUUUAAGCAGUUCCAUUGCCUACAGUGUCCCUUUGUGUUCUGUGAAUCUGAUUGUGUGCAUGGAUUUAGAAUUAUGCAGAUCCCCGUAACAAAUUGUGACUUGGUGAAGCAAACUCACUACAUUUUAAAAGUGUAAUAACAGUUUCCUUUUAAUACAAUCAAUUUCCUUUAAAUACAAAGAAUCUCACCUAAGAUGCAGUUUGGUCAUCUAGUCAGAGUAAAACACAGGACAAAUGGAAUUAAUAAUAAAAAUCAAUUUUGGCCAAUGUAUUUAUAGCAAUCCAGAGCAUUGAUUUUUUUUUUUUUUCUUCACAUUUAUUAUUUACAUUUGCUGCUUUAUAUUUAUGCCAUUGACAACAGAAACUAAAGACUUGCUUACAUUCUGCUUUCUUACCAACUGCAUGUUUUGCAGUCCAAUAUGCACAAUCAAAAUCCAUUUAUUUCAGUGGGUUUUUAAUUCUUAUUUCGUAAUUAUAUUUGCACUGCCUGUUGUUAACAUCGCUUGAUUAUUGUUAGCUCCAUAACUGGAGGUACUUUUUACAUUAUGUAAUACAUUUUCCAUAGCAGAAUAUUCCUUAUUAUUUCGUUUUGUAUUUUCUUUCUACCUUUUUACUUUUUCAACCUAUUAUGUAAUUUUACCUUGAGAUUGAUCGUAACAUCUUAUAUCUAAUGUUUGAUGUUUUUCUAAUCCUUUCAGGAAAAGACUCUGUGUUGAAGGAUAAUUCAGAUGAAGAACAUAACGGUUCCUUUGAUGGAAUGGACAACAUUUCAAAACUACGUAAUGCAAAAAAGAACUGUGUGAAGCCAUUGAAGAAAAAGGGAUGCUGUAGGAAGAAUAUGGAGCAAACUGUAAAAUCUGCAGGUAAAACCAUUCAAACAGAAAGAAGAACUGCAUGUACAGAGAAGCGCUAUCUGUGCAUAGACUGCGGGAAAAGCUUCACGCGAAAAUCAUCCCUCAUAGUGCACCAGAGAAUUCACACAGGGGAGAAACGAUUCAUGUGUACAGAGUGCGGGAAGAGAUUUGGCCUUAAAUCAUCCCUUGUUCGACACCUGCGAACUCACACACCAAAGACAUUAAAUAUUUGCCCUGAUUGUGGCAAAUGCUUCACCCGGUAUUCCAGCCUUUUCCAGCACCAGAAGGUCCACAGGAGAGAGAAGCCGUAUAAAUGUUCUCAGUGUGAAAAAUGUUUCCCUCGGCUUUCACAACUUGUAGUCCAUCAAAGAACCCACAAAGGAGAGCAACAGCCCAGUCAAACAGAGAAUGUCAAUGACCUCAACAAAAUUUCUAAUCGCUCCCGAACCAAGAGGACUGAGAAAUCCCCCAUGUGUGCCCAGUGUGGUAAGAGCUUCAGAGAGCGCAGCUCACUCAUCAGACAUCUGAAAACCCAUACAGGUGAGUUAGCUCAAUAUAUAUUCUUUGAUUUGCUUGAUGGUCACCUAUAAUUAAUUCAGUAUUACUAGAGAUACCACUUUUCUUUUAUACACUUAUCUGCUAAUUAAAUGUAUCAACCGGUUCUGUCACUAUGAUACCACUAAGAGGUUGUGAUCACCUGACAUACAUAUUUUUUGUGAAAUUCACUCACUAGAAGGAUGAAAGAAUAUCGCCCAAGGGUGCCUCCCCUGAUGGAGAUGGGUGGUAAAACCACUCUUCCUGUUCCUCUCAUAGUACUAUAAGAGCUUAUGCUUUUAUAUUUUUUAUACUUAUUUCAAUAAAGAAGAAUUUUCUACUCUACAAUCCUGAGUCUGACUCUGUCAUCUUUGGAACAGGAGGAGUGGUUUUACCCCCCAUCUCCGUCAGGGGUGGCACCCUUGGGCGAUAUUCUUCCAUCCUUCUAGUGAGUGAUUUUACACUCAUUUAACAGUGUUACACUAUUUGUUUUUUUAUUCACAUUGUAGAUCUGCAGCUCUAUACUCCUUUUGUUUGCAUACGUAUGGUAUUUAAAGGGAUUAUUGCUUGGAUAUCCCUGGAGGAAGCUGUCAUCACUAUCCAUUGAGAUCAGUGGUCUUUUUCACUUUCCUAUUACAUUUAGGUGUUAAGUGAUUGUUUCUUUCUUGUAUAUACGCCACUACAUUAACACUGCAAUCUGCAUAAUGCGGUCUCUCUAAAAAUGCAAUGUUUUCAGCUCUAAGGUCAAGGGGACAGGGACAGGUGCCUAUAGUGUCCCUUUAAAACCUAAAGUUUGUUUUGCUUUGAACAUAUUUUAGAACAUGACACGUGUAUGAUACAUGCAUAGCUGAAAUUAAACCGUACAGCAGCAAAUACUUCCUCCAAGAUUUGCAAUUAUUACACAAGUAAGGACCCAAGCACAAAACAAGCAAGAUAACAAAAAAAUAAUGAUCACAAAUGUAGAAUUCUGUCUAAGGUACUUAUCACUGAUGACAGUGCGUUCCUUUUUUAUAUUCUAUUCUGGAGUGUGAAUAUUAAAAAUACAUUUAUUUGUUUUUCCUUUGAAACAAGGCGAUCACUCCACAGAACAUUAUUGUUAAAGGACCACUAUAGUGCCAGGAAAACAAACUCGUUCUCUGAAACUGCUAUGUUUACAGCAGAAAGGGUUAAUCCUAGAUGGACCUGGCACCCAGAUUAUAUUUUUUUCUGGUUUUAAAUACAUAACUCCUUUUUAUUAAUAUAGGUUCGGUUUUUCACCAUAAUAGUAAUAUCAACUGUUUUUUUUUUUUUCUUUUUUUUUUUUUUUUUUUUUGUCCAGUAAGUGACCAGAAUUCUGAUGAAAAUCCUGAUUUAAUUAGGACAGAUUCCACUAUUUGUGAACAAGUUAGCAUAUGUGAAGUAUCACUUAAAUCAAAUCAGGACAAAAAAGAUAAAGGUGCUGUAGAAAAAACAAGCCCAGAAAUCACAGAAAAUGGUGAGUGUGCAGUGAGCAUCUGGGAUGGAUCAGAAAUACCAGACAGGAGAACUUACAGUGGGGAAAAACGCUAUUUCUGUAUUGACUGUGGGAAAAGCUUCACACGAAAAUCCUCCCUUAUGGUUCAUCAAAGAAUCCACACUGGAGAGAAACACUUCAUGUGUACAGAGUGCGGCAAGAGAUUUGGCCUUAAAUCCUCUCUCGUUCGACACCUGAGAACUCACACUCCAAAAACACUAAAUAUUUGCCCUGAUUGUGGCAAGUGCUUCACUCGGUAUUCCAGCCUUUUCCAACACCAGAAGGUCCACAGGAGAGAGAAGCCAUUUAAGUGUUCUAAGUGUGAUAAAGGUUUUGCUCGGGCAUCACAGCUUGUAUUCCACCAGAGAACACAUAAGGAAGAGAAGCAGUCUGAAAAAAGAGAAUGUGAGGAGAAAGUUGAUGUUCACUCAAGUACCAAUAGCCCAGAACAUUCCUAUAUGUGCAUGGAGUGUGGUAAGAGCUUCUUCGAGGAGAAUUUACUAUUGGCACAUCAGAAAAUUCAUAGAGGUAAGUGCUGGGUAGACGUUUGCAUGAACAUAGAGUAGGAAUGACAACUGUUACCCUUUCAGAGAAAUAUGCUGAAAAAUCAAUUUUUUUACUGUUGUUACAUGAGUUAUGCAUGGCAGCUCCUCCUUUCGCAUGACAAGAUCAACUGGUUGGUCAAAAUGUUGCCAUCUCCACUCUGGUGGAAUUAAACUGAGAACCUUGGUGUUACGUCUCCAUUAUUCUUUGGGGUUCAUGGAAAGGAUCCUCGUGAACCUGCUCCUGUCUAUAUAAUUGUCUGAAGUGCUGGUCUACUUCUUUUUGUUCUAGAUUCCCCUUAAAGGCCUAUUUCAGUAUCCAGUGGAUUAAGAAAGAAGCUAAAAGAAUUGAAGGAUGCACUUCCUUCAAUAGCAAGAUAGCUAAAAAGAUACAAUACGUUUCCAUGAUUAUUUAACAAGUAUACAAGGCUGUUAGUGGGUGGUAGGAUAGCAGAUCCCUAGCCUACAGUCAUGCUAGAUAUGUGCAAAAUGUGUUCGGAAGCUUUGGUCAUCUUUCUACUUGCCUUUCGUCCUCUUAUCAGCAAUGUAUAUUUGCUACAUUUUCAAAUAUACGUUAAAGGGUUACUCCAACCAUCAAGAUCACUUCUGCUUUUUGAAGUGGUCAUGGUGGUAUGAGUCUGGAUUUGCAGAUGUGCAUAAAGAAUGUAUGAGGGUUAGAGUAACCCUUUAAUACAGAUGUGAUCUUUGCAAGUAUUGUGCUGUGUAUCAUUGCUCAGCUAGAGUGCUGUUUGUCCCCGCCCCAUCUUUGCAUCUUUCUUCUCAGAUACCCUAAAUGUUAAUGUUUAAUGUUCCACUAAAUCAUCUGGCUCCCUGCAUUUUUCCAACAGUAGUUCUUAAAAGAGUUGAAUUAUUAAUAUCCAAGGGAAGAUUCAAUUCUUUCACUGUAAGGCUAGUUUUAGGCAUUGUUGCUGCAUGUAAAAAGUUUGGCUUGUAUGCGUGGAAUAUCAUUGUCUUAUUUUAUGAGAUUUAAACCGCAACCACAAUAUAAAAAAAAAAAAACUUAAAUUGUUCUUUUAUUCUUUAAGUAAAUUUUGGGGUUAUUUUUCACAUUGUAUGAUAUAACAAGAUUGCAAUGCGCUUCUAUAUUCCAGCUGAUUGUAAAUCACUUACAAUCUGUGAAGGUGGAGCGCCUGAUGACAGGCCUGAUCUUCUAGACCGGGAGACAGAAUAUGUUGCCAAGUCUUUUCUUGUGGAAGAUCAUUACAUGGAUCCUCAAAUCCCCGAAUCAGUGAACACCAACGCAGGCUUGGUCUCUGGCGAAUUAAAUAAAGACAGUGAGUUUCCUGUUGAUUCCAAGGUCAAAUCGUGCAGGAGAAGCCGCAGUGCUGACAAGCGCUAUAAUUGUAGUGACUGUGGGAAAAGCUUCACAAGAAGGUCCUCGCUCAUUGUUCACCAGAGAAUACACACAGGGGAGAAGCGCUUUGUGUGCGCAGAGUGUGGGAAAAGGUUUGGUCUCAAAUCAUCUCUCGUCAGGCACAUGAGAACUCACAAUGGUCAUGCACUCAAUAUCUGCUCUGAAUGUGGUAUCUACUUUAGUAGAUAUUCAGACCUUCUGCUGCACUUGGAAAUACAUGUUGGUGAGUAACCUUUUUUUUCAAUUUGUACUUUAUUGAGUUUUUCAUAACAAUUGGGGUACAGAAAGGAAGAGGGGCAGGUGGGUAAAAGGUAAAAGACAAGUGAUACCACAAUACAGCUCAACUUACAGUGUCAGCAUAUUUCAGAACUGGUAAGUCCUGAGUUUGUAUUUAUAGCGUUUUAGUUAUAUACCAUACCCAACAGUGUAGUGUUACAGGUGCGUGUGCUAUCUAGAAACGACUCCUGGCCAAGGUGCACAUCUGCAGAAUUACCCGGAGGGUGUUCCUCCGUCUAGGGUUGGGCAAUUCGACCUUACAAUCAAGGGUUGUCAAGGGUGGUCACUCUUUGGUCAUUGUUGCUGCUGAUUAUACAUAUGUUGCUGCCUAGUAUGCAUAUGUUUACUUGAGUUGCUCCCUAUUAUCCUGAGGUUAGCUAUACUGUUCCUCCCUUCUACCUGGUGGUCCAGUGCUUGUGUGGAAUGCAAGUUCAAAGCUAUAAUACUGACUAUGGUACUGCCAUUGGGUCAAAAGUUAUCCAUUUAUGCCAGUUAUUGUUUGUGGCAAUCUUAUGUUUGGGCGUAGCUGUGGACAAUUGCUCAUACCUAAGGUACUGUCGUAUUUUACUAUAUAAUAGUUGUGACGGUGGACAUUCUUUCUGCUUCCAGUGAUAUGCUAGAAGAUUACGUGCUGCCAUGAUUACCAUAAUCAUUAGUUGUCUGUCCUGGUAAGGGGUGGUCAUAGGUAUCAGAAGAAAUAGACCUAUCUCAGGUGUGAUCUUACCCCGGAGGACCCCUAAGGAAUUACAGAUCGUCUGGACCUCUGUCCAUAACGGUUGUAUAUUCGGGCAGUGCCACCAUAUGUGGCUCAUUGUGCCCCUGUCCUGUUCGCACCUCCAACAUUGUGCUGAGGAUAGUGGAUAUAUUUUGUUAAGUUUAUCCGGUGUGAGGUACCAUCUAAAGAUUAAUUUUUUGUGUGCUUCUACAUGUGAGUACCAGGAUGUGAUACCUUUAAGCGCUAGGAUUGAUCUCAACCACUGAUCUUUAGGAAAGCGAAUAGCUUGCUCCCUAUUCCACUGUGCCAUAAAGGAGAAGUCUGGCAUUGUGUUAUUGGGUCUUAGGGCUGCAUAGCUGAGGGACAGGGAUCUGGCCUUGAUUGGGGCCGUACGGCAUCUGUCAUACAGUGCCAACCUUUCUGUGUUGAGGUUGUCUGCAGGUUGUGUUGUGAGCAGUACUCGCUCUUUGAUUAUGCUAUUUAGUUGAACAUAUGGGAAGAUGAAGGAUGGUGGGAGGUUGUUUGCAGUUUGUAAAUCUGGGAAGGGUAUGAUGUCCCUUUGUGAACAUAGGUUAGUAAUAUUGGUAAUUCCCAGUGCUGACCAUUUUGCGAACGAUAACCACGGAGAUAUAAACUGUAGUGCCUCUAUGGGUGCCCAUUUUAGGAAUUUGUUGUUAGUCGCUUGCAAGCGGUGUAAUUGGUCCCAAACUUGUAUGGUGGUCCUAGUAAGGGGCAAUAGUGCUUGGGAUUUGUCUCGUAGCUGUUUAGGUGUCCACAUAUAGUGUAUAGCUGAGCUUCCUGUACCAUAUUCAUUCUCCAUGUCGACCCACUGUAGUGUGUUUUUUGGGGCAUGCAGUUUAAUAGCUGCUUCUAGUACUGCGGCCUUGUGGUACAGUAGAACAUUAGGGAAACCCAAUCCUCCCAACUUAACCGGGGUUUGCAGCACGGAUAGGGGAAUGCGGGUUUUUUUUGUUUUCCCACACAAAAACCGAUAACAGUUUCUGGAUUUGAGUGCUCAGCGAGGGUGAGAGAGGUAGUGGUAACAUUCUGAAAACAUAUAGUAUUUUCGGUAGUAUCAUCAUUUUGACAGUAUUUAUCCUGCCUAACCAUGUGAUUUUGCACAUCUUUCCAUUUAUGUAAAAGUUGUUUACACAUUUGAGGGAGUGUAGAUAUGUUAUGCAUGGCUGUUCUCCUGGGAGAAGUAGCAAUUUUGACCCCUAAGUAUGUGAUGUGAGAGUGUCUCCAGUCGAAGGGGAAGUGGGUUUGCAACGUAUCUACAGUUGUGGUCGGCAGUCGAAUUGGGAGUGCUUGGGUCUUAGUUUGGUUCAGUUUGUAAUACGAGAUUUGUCCAAAGUCAUGUAAAGUGCGCAUGAGAUGCGGUAGGGAUUGCGUGGGCUGAGUCAGGGAUACUAGGACAUCAUCCGCAAACAUGGCCAACUUGUAUUCCUCCUUCUGUAUCUGUAUGCCCCUGAUGUUUGUGUUCUUGCGGAUUGUGCAUGCUAGCGGUUCAAGGGAUAACACAAACAACAGGGGGGACAGCGGGCACCCCUGGCGUGUGCCGUUUGUGAUUUUAAAGGGGUUCAAUAAGAAGCCACCGCUGGAGACUUUGGCUGCCGGACUAGAAUACAGGGCCAAGACGCCCGUAAUAAAUGGUGCGGGGAAGCCAAAUUUUAGGAGAACUUGCUCCAUGUAUCUCCAAUUCAGUCUGUCGUAGGCCUUCUCUGCGUCCAGCGCCAGUAGAAGACCUUCCAUGUUAUUGUUUUCCAUAUGGGCCAGUAUGUUGAGGAUUUUCCUCGUGUUGUCCGACCCCUGUCUAUUCUUAACGAAACCCGAUUGGUCGUUAUGCGUUAUUCGGGUGAGGAUGUCUUUCAAGCGUUCGGCCAGGGCUUUAGCGUAGAUUUUCGUAUCGCUAUUGAGGAGGGAAAUUGGGCGGAAAUUUUGGCAUUGGUUUGCUGGUUUUCCAGGUUUGGGCAGUGUGGAGAUAUGUGCUAGUAGCAUGUCCGGGGGCAUAGACCCGGUGUCAAAACAGUGAUUUAAGAGGUCUGUUAGGUGAGGCAAUAGCAGGUCGGAAAAGGUCUGAUAAUAUACAUUAGUGAAGCCAUCCGGACCUGGGGAUUUGUGAGCGGGCAGUUUUUUUAUGAUGUUCAGUAUUUCUGCGCUAGUGAUGGGGCGGGUAAGGGCCUCUAUUUCUGCUUCCGUGAGUGUAGGUAAGUCAAUGCCUGCUAGGAAGUGCUGAAUUUGAGUUCCCGAGGGGACGUGAGUAGACUCUUGUUUCUCUAAAUUGUAAAGGGAGCUGUAAUAGUUUGCGAAUUCUUCCACAAUGUCUUGUGGGUUCAUCAGUUUGCGCUUAUCUGAGGAUAAGAGAAAUUCCACUCGUGAGUGGGUAGUACGCGCUUUUAGUUUGGAGGCGAGGAUUUUCCCUGAUUUGUUGCCUUGCGCAAAAAAUUUGUGUCUAUAUCUGUGUAGCAUAUGAUUGGUUUUGUUUAGUUACACCUCAUUGAGCUGGGUUUGUAGUGUUCAAAGCUUGUCAUAUUGGGGUUGUGUGGGGUUUUGUUUAUUGGCGUGCGUGAUGGCCAUGAUUUGUUGGAGAAGGUUAUCAUACGUGGCCUUUCUUAGCUUUUUGGCAUAGCAGCCAUGUUUGAUCAGCGAGCCCCUGAUGACCGCCUUAUGAGCUUGCCAUAUCGUGUCAGCAGUUGAGUCUCCUGAGCAAUUUACGUCAAAGUACAUUUUAAUGUCGUCUCUAAUGUGUUGGACAAUCUGUGGAUCUUUUAAUAAGGAUUCGUUGAGUCUCCAGGACCCUUGGCCUCUAUGUGGAAAUUUCUCUGUUAUCGUCAGGGUUAUGGGUGCAUGGUCUGACCAUGUGAUCUGUCCAAUGCUCGUUCUUUGUACUAUCGGAGUUAAGGAUUGAGGGAUCAGGAAUCUAUCGAUCCUGGAGUAGGAGUUGUGCGCCUGGGAGUGGAAAGUGAAAUCCUUUUCAGAAGGGUGUAGCACUCUCCAGAUGUCUAAUAGGCCUGCUUUGUGUAUGUGACUCCUAACCUGGUGCGUAAUGGCGGAUCUUUUCUUAGCGGUGGCGUGUGACACUGUGGUGUUUGAUGUAGUGUCUAGAUUGCUAUCUAGAAGAAAGUUCGUGUCUCCCCCUAUAAUCAGUUUACCAUAUGUAUGUGUUUGGUUGAGCAUAAUUAUUUUGUCUAGGAAUAUACCUUGGUUAUCGUGAGGGCCAUAGACAUUUAGAAGCGUGUACGGUUCGUUAUUAAUCUGACAUUGUACUAAAAGAUAUCUCCCUUCUUUGUCCCCUAUUUUCUUAUGAAGCGUGAAGGAGAUAUCCUUACUGAUCAAGAUAGAUACGCCUCUCUUCUUUUUAGUGUAUCCUACAUGAUACCCAGUGGGGUAGAAUUUAGACGAGAAUCUAGGCAUUUUGUUUCUGAGAAAAUGGGUUUCUUGGUAGAAAGCUACGUGGGCUCGUAGUUUCUUUGUUUCAGCUAGAGCUAAUCUCCUUUUAUGAGGUGAAUUAAGCCCUUUAGUAUUGAGCGAUAAAAUGGUUAGAGCCAUUUGCGUGGUACACUGAUGCUAUCUUGAAUUCUGUUAUGUGCAUAUCGCACCAAGUUGUAAAUUAUUAGCUUAGAGUGAUAUCCUUGUCUUGGUAUUUGUACGAUAAGAGGCAAGGUGUAUUGUCUUUUUUUUUUUGUGCUUUCACUCUAAUCAAGGAUGUUUCUGGCGGGUACCCUGCUAUAAGUGAACUCGGAGGAGAGGGAAGGGGGGGAGGGUAGAUAGCCAAGUGGCAACUAUAUACAACAUGGAGUACAGACGUGUUCCGUCUGUGAACGAGAGCUGAUCUCGCGGCUUAAUAGAGCCAAAGUGGGGGAGGGUGUUCAUGAGGUUUGAGAAACUGCCCAUUACACUUGUGACAUCUUACAUUUGAUGAUGGGAAUGGUACGCAGGUUGGCUACGUACGAUGCCACGCCCACCCAUAACAUUCUCAUCUGGUAAGAUGACAUAAAAGUAAUAAUAAUAAAAAAAAAGGCAUAAAUGCUACAUAUAACAAAUCAACAGCUGCAAUCAUGUAUAUAUAUGCUCACGCAUCCCUAUGACUGUGAACCAGGUCCAUGGUAGAGAGCGGCAAUCGCAAAGAUGUUGGGUUCUCGUGACUCAGUCCUUGUCACUUGUGCUUAGACAUUGACAUCCAUUCCUUGGACACUUUUGUAGGCGACUUGCGUUGCUUGUUGGGCGGGUCUGCGAUCUCUUGGGGUGCUACGGGCAUGUUCCAAUCUUUGAGCAGUUGGAUGCCUUCUCUGACAGUAUGGAUUUGGUGCUCCACUCCGUUCUUCCUGACAAUAAUCCAAAUGGGGUAGCCCCAUUUGUAAGGCAUAUCAGCGUUCCUCAGCGCUUUGGUGAUCGAUGCCAUCUCUUUGCGUUUAGCUAGUGUCGUUGCCGACAGAUCUGUGAAGAGUUGGAUGCCCUUAUAUUCCUCUGGGAUGUUAUCCCUGUGCCUUGCUGCUUUCAUGACACUUUCUUUAGAAGUGAAAUAAUGUACUCUAGUGAGUACGUCUCUUGGCACGGAGGCUGCAAGGAAGCGUGGUUUGGGAAGCCUGUGUAUGCGAUCCAAACGUAGGUCUGCCUCCGCAAGCUCUGGGCACAGUGCUUUAAAUAGUUUUAUAGUGAAAUCUUGUAAGUCCGCUGGCUUAAUAUCCUCCGAUAUGCCGCGCAGGCGUAUAUUGUUCCUUCUGCCGCGAUCCUCCUGGUCCGCCACUUUUGCGAUCAAAGUGUCGAUUUUAGCACCAAAGGAGUCAUAGGCCUCUACUAGGUUAUUAUGGGCCUCAAUGAUUUCUUCAGUUUUUUCUUCUAGUAUAGAUGUACGCUCCCCUAUGGCUUGGACAUCAGCCCUAACAUCUCGGGCAAGCUUGCUGAAUUCGUUUUGUAGAUUGUGUUGCAGUUCCUGCAGCAUUCUAUGUAGUGGGUGCUGAAUUCCCCUGGGAGAUAGAAGUGCUGUCGCUCCGGUCGGAGCAUGCUGCUGGUGAUGUAUGGCCUCCGCCGCCAUCUUGGGCCCGAUUCCUGGGUGGCGUGAGCGAUGUUAUCUGUAGCUCUGCCGGGCGUAGUUUAGUUUUUUUCGCUGUCCGUAAGGACAUUGUCGGUCUGUGGUGCUUACCGCUCAGUUUGCGUGCUGGUAAGGCAGUUUAUGCUCGUCUAUUUGCGGUGUGAGUAGUCACCCUCGUCGGAGCUGGGAGCUCACGCGUCCAUGUUCGCGCGCUGCCAGGCCACGCCAGCAGUCAUUUAUUUUUUAUUGUUUUUAAGAUGAUUUAAAUGUAGAUAACAACACCAUUUCUGGUGUAUAAAUUAUGUUGUAGUCCAGUAUUUUAUCCACCUUAAUUUGAACCUCUCCCAAGAGUUCCCUGAUAACAGGGCAUUUCCACCAUAUCUGCAAAAAAAUCUGCUUCCUGUUUUCCACAUUUCCAACAAGCAGUUGAAGCAUUUGGGUAUAUUGUUUUGAUUUUUUUGAGGAGUUAGGUACCACCUGUUAAGUAGUUUAAAUUGCAGUUCAUUUAGAUUUAAUCUGGAGUUCUUCUUUAUAUUAAUCAUUGAGGAUUUUCUUCCAAUCUAUACAUUUGCUAGCAAAUCUUCUAGCACUAUGUAAAACCAGAAUGUUUUACUUGUUUAUAAGAGCAUAAAUCAUUAUGGGGAAAAACCAGUACCAUUCAAACUUUGUCCAUUCUUUGGAUGGAGAAUUAAAAUUCUACCAGUGUCAUGUUGCCUACUGUCUUGAAUCAAUUCUUUGUUUAAAAUGCUUGGAUUUAGUUACACUUAUUCGAUACCAGGGACAUUGAAGAUGUCUACAGCAUUCGGCACUGGGUGCCGUGAAGUGUAUUGAUAUUGGACACCAUUGUGAUUAAAGUUUCUUUAGUCGUUGUGUACUACAACAUAUAAACAUCAGAUCUUAGCACAUUUCAGUAUUUGUUUUUUAAUUUCCUGGUAAAUCCAUGGCAGUAUUAUAUUUGUGUUCACUCCCAUGCUCAUUCUCCAGUCCUAUGCCGACUGUUUUAAAAGAAAACAACUAGAAAAACUACAAUCAAACCACAACUGGGUGGGACGCAUACAAUGACGCCAUUUAGGAUAGUCUUUGUAGGAUAAGAAAGAAGGCGAAACAUAAUUUAAUUAAGUUCUCAUUUUCUUUGUAAGCAUGGAGAGCAACUAUGUAAUAUAAUAAAGUACUACACAGUUUAUAAUGUCAUAUUUAUUAUUGCUACUUAGCUACUUAAUUACCAGUAAAGGUUUGAAGUCAAGCAAGAAUACAAUAUGUAAUUAGACCGCAAGGUGCAGAAGGAAUGGAGAGCAUUGCCCUAUGAGUUUAACACCUAGAUUUCUUAAUACUUUUAUAAAAUGCUAUCAUGAUUGCCUGAAAGCCUUCGGUCUAAAGAAGAUAAUUGAGUGUCAGACAAAGGGUAUCAAGUUUUAAUUCAAAUUUGGACAGUGACAAACUGCCAGUAGGUACUUUUUUUUGCCAUAAGAUGUUAAAGGCAGGUGAGUUGCAUAGACAGUUCCACAGUGGAAGGUUAGUAGGAUGUUGUUACAUGCAGAUAACGGUAAUAAACUUUCAGUGCUUUUUCAAGGGGGAUUAUCUUUAGGUAAAUACCUGUCUGGUUCCAGCUGAAUUCUUCAGUCUCCGAACCAAUAAUAUCCUAUGGCAUUAAUAUAUAGUAUAAUGAUUUUUGAAAAAUACAAAUAAAUACAUUUACUGAUAUUCUGGCUUUUAUAAAUAUGAUGUUCAGAAGGACAUGAUGAAACAAUUCAUUAAAUUGAAAGUUUUGGGGGUACGUGGCCUGGAGAUCGAGCUGCAUGGAAGCAACUCUGUAAGGCUCCCGUCUCCCGCACUGCAGAGCCGCAAAUAACCGGACAAACUAGGGAAGCCUGACCUGUAAAGCACGGACAAGGUACCCCAAAGUCGCAGAAGUCCAAAGGAAAGCUGCGAAAGCCGACCGCACCUCUUUUUUUCAUUGAAGCCCCGUGAAGGCCACACUCCCUCCCAAGAUGGCGGCGGAGCCCAAUCCAGAGAGGGAUCUCCCUCCCCUCCUGCCUCCGCAAGCUCCUACACGGAGGACAGCCCACUUACCACACCUGCUAUGAGAGCCAUGAUGGCUGAAUUUUCAGCAAAUAUUCAAGUGACCAUCACAACUCAGAUGCACAACCUGGCUGCUGAACUUUAUAAAGAAAUUUAAGAUAUUGGAGCACGAACUGCACACUUUGAAAAUUAAAUGGAUGAGUUUGCCACUGCCCACAACAGUCUGGCUGACCAGUUACAGGAGCUUGACGACCUGAUAGCUUGGAUCUUCAGUCCUACUUCAUGGACUUGUUUCAGUUGUUUACACCUGCAAUCCAUCCAGAUCAAUUUAUAAUGGAUAGAACUCACCGACUACACAGACCAAAACACCUACUCGAAACAGCCCUUAGGAACGUGAUCUCUCCGUGUCAACACCGUAAUUCUGAAAUUCCCUGUCACUGGUUACGCUAGCCCUCUAUAUAUAAUAAUCUAAUCUACACGGACCACCAAACCUAUUCCCCAACUGCCCAAGACAUAAAUAAUUUCCUAGAAUCUAUUUGCCAAUACAGACUUACCCCUACACAACAACAGUCCAUCCUCAAACUUAUAUCAUUGCAAGAGGUGCUCGACACCAUAGACCAUCUGCCCACUAGUAAAUCACAGGCGCCGAUGGCCUUACAAGCCUUUACUAUAAAUUGUUUAGAGAUCAUUUAGCACCCUACCUCCUUAAGGUAUUUCAAGCAGCGACAGAACUAGGCUCACUACCAAAGAACAAGCUCCUAGCCACCAUUGGCACCAUACCUAAAACAUACAAAACUCCAGACUCCUGUAAAAACAUCUGACCUAUCUCGCUGCUUAACAUGGAUGCAAACAUAUUAUGCCAAAAUAUUAGCGCAGAGAAUUGGGACACUACUCCCUUCCUUGGUCCAUGAUGAUCAAACUGGGUUCGUGAUGGGGAGACAGGGUCUGGACAAUACCCACAAACUAUCAUUGAUACUGAAUGAGCUCAGAGGGAUCGGCUGAGGCGAACUGUUGCUAGCCUUAGAUCCAGAAAAAGUAUUUGUCUCGGCUUGUCCUUCUUGCGUCAGGUGCUGGGGAGAUAUGGCAGGAGGUAAUCGACCGAAUCUUUGCACUUUACUCCAACCCAACAGCACAGGUCCAACAACUAGCUUUCUGCCCUCGCCCUUCCCAGUGUCUAAUGGAACGAGACAAGGGUGCCCCCUCUCCUCUAUGUACUUGCGGUCAAACCCCUCUCACAAGCUAUUUAUUUGAGACAACAAAAACAUAAAAGGUGUGCAAAUGUCUGGGAGGGAGGUAAAGAUUAGUGCGUUCAAAGAUGACAUCCUCUUAUACAUUACUCAACUCCAAGAAUCCCUACCUGUUCUGAUGUCCCUAAUAGAGGAAUAUGGCAAAGUAUUCUACUAUUCUCUCAAUACCACCAAGUUGUAGGCCAUGGGCAUAGGGCUCCCUCAACUUUUACUGAACUCCUUGCGACACAACUUUUCCUUUGAGUGGCGUAAGAACUCCCAUUAAAUAUUUAGGCCUGACAAUAAUGAAAAACCCUACAGACUUAUAAUCGGCCAAUUAUAUCUCCACUUGGAAUAAAUGCCGCUCUCUGUUGCACAAAUGGUCACCUUUAUUUUUGUCUUAGUCUGAACGCAUAACAGUGAAAAUGUCAAUACUCCCCAGGCUUCAAUACUUAUUUCGGACACUCCCAAUUGAACUAUCUCUGACGUACCUCAAAACGACCCAAGUGGAGCUUAUGAAAUUUAUCUGGCCGGGAGGCAGAUCCAGAGUAGCAAGGAGCCUCAUGCAAAUUGGUGAAUUGGCAGUCCCUAACAUACAGACCUACUAUCAUCUUGGGGACCUCUAUACCCCACUUCCUCACCCACCCAAACCCCCAAUGUGUCUCCUUAGAAAAUAAACUCUUGCACACAACAGACCUAUCUACUCUAAUGUGGAUAACUAAAUCAUAUCGACCACAGAUGCAGUCACCACCCCCCACACCAAGCUCUUCCUCAAAGUCUGGGAUAAAUAUAAACCUAAACUGUGUGGGGACAAAGAGCUAUCACUUGCAACCUCGAUAUUCGCUCUACCAUACAGGAUCCCGACUUUCCAUGCUAAACCCUGGCACCAACGUGGAGCCACACACCUAUUCCACCUCUACGACAAUAGCACUAUGUUAGAUUUUCAGACGCUCCAGGCCUCAUACACACUACCGAAUGCCUCCCAAUAUUCAUACCUCCAACUACAAUCACUCUUGAAGAGAUACAUUACACGAGAGGCAGAUGAUAUCAUGUCUACACACACUAUAACACAGUGAGAACAAAUGUGUAUUAACAAAAGGAUGAUACCUCAUUGUUAGCUGAUCUCUAUGUAUUAUAAACUAAUCCCAGACCACGUACCCAUCUCUGCAUCCAAACCAGCACUAAAUUAGGAGCAAGACCUCCAUUGUACCAUACUCCUGAAACAAUGGGAACGUAUACUUCAGAUGACCAAGGGCCUAAUUAAGCCCUCGGCCCAUAUUGAACAACAAAUUAAAAUGUUGUACCGCUGGUACAUGGUGCCAAUAAGAUUAAGUGCUGGAGACGCGACCUCCUGGAAGGCUCCAUGUUACACAUAUGGUGGCAAUGCACAAUCAUCACUCCAUAUUGGAAAAAGAUCCAAUCCCUAAUACGAGCAGUAGUAGACUACACGCUCCCAUCUGAACCCUUGCAAUUCCUCCUUCUAGAUCUCCCACCAGACUUGCAUCAAGGGCAACAAGAAACUGGAACUCUACAUCCUGCUGUCCGCCCAAAAACUAAUAGCAACAGCCUGGAAAUCCCCCAAGGCACCAACCGUACGAGAAUUGAUAAAUGCCCUCGACAAACAACGUCUCUAUGAGAAAGGCUUUAUGUAGCUCUUUCCCCCAUCUAAACCUUGCCAAGUGGCCUGGGAGAUGUGGGACACAUUGAGAUCGGAUAACCCUUGACUAUGUAACCUUGUAAUCCUGCUAUAUAACCUAAGACAUACAAAUACAUUCCUGGUAUACCUGUUUAAAACCAUACCCACCAUGCCUCGACUGAACUCCUGGCUAAGAGGCCCACAAACAUGAACAGAGUACUGUCCAAUAUCUGGGCCUCCGCCUUAAGUACUUAGCCCUAUUGGUCUCUACCCUAACGAUAAUCCCAAUAGAGAAAUAGGAUGGAUAACCAUGUCGUACCAUAUACCAGCACACACUACCCACACAUGUAACCGAAGGUACCCACAUGCACCCUCUUCCCGAUAGCGAGAUCUCCAAUCCACAACGCAUGUCCAAGAUUCACACACACCAGCACCACAGGCCACAUAUCUAUGGCUUACCUCGUUAACUACCCCACAGGUCUCACAACCCUAGAAAUGUAGACAUGCUGGACGUUGUUAAUACCCCACUGAUCUUUAUUGCUUGGGCUGUUCAAAUGAUAUAUCUAUGCCUCUCAGAUGUGAUUAGAUGUGAAAAAUAUUUGCUGUGCUGUAAUACACACUGUUGCGUUCCCCCCUCCCCCUCUUUUUCCUUUUGUAUCCCUUUCCCCAUACAUUACCAAAAUUAUUACACUUUUUUUUUAUUUAUUUUUUUUAAAUUGCCAGUUUUGUCAUUUGUCUUUUUUAUUUUUAUUUUACUCAAUUUAUUUUACUCAAGUGUUUGGCUAUAUUUUGCUCAAAGUAUAUUUGUUAUUUCUCCACUGUUUCCGAUUUAUAAACUAUCCCCAGGUCAUGCCAUGAUAAGGCACCUAUUUUUAGGAAGGAUUACACUGUUAUUGCAUUUUGUACAUUGUUGAAUCCCAUCUUUCAGUAGAUUUGGGAUGUGUUUUACCUAACCGGCAUACAUGAGCCCCGUGCCAUCUAAUUUUCCACCACACACAUGUGCAGCCUCCAUAGUGUCUCCAGGACUGUAAAGAAUAUAAUCAAAAAUCAUAGUUUAAUGUGAGGUGUGUAAGGGCUAGAUUAGUAUAAUUAAGUUUGCUUAACCCCUUAAGGACCAAGAUUCUGGAAUAAAAUGGAAUCCUUAAGGGGUUAAAUAGGAUUAUUUCUAAUUCUGUGCAAUAUUAUGACCUAUUUAAAAAUGUGACUCACUUAUUAAAUGAGUUCAGACAAUAAUAAUGUGACCCGAUACACACCCGCUGGAAAUACGAUAAUAAGAAAUAAGGUCAGAUGUUAGUCAUGUACUUAAUGGACUAUGCCAGGCAUCUAAACAAUGCUCGUGCAUGCUUAAUAUGAAAUAAUUUUCUUCAAUUACUAUACAUAUUGGAAGUUGUCUGGGUUAUCCUACAACAUGCAACAGCCAGCUCCUCCUUUAACUUUAACUUUAAUUUCCCAAAAAAUAUAAUCUACUAAAAUAUAUUUACAUAUGAAAGAUUGAUCACUUACAACAUUGUUUCUGUUGUUUUGUCUCUAUAGGAAUACUAUAGGGUUAGGAAUACAAAUGUGUAUUCCGGACCCUAUAGUGUUAAAAACACUAUUUAGGUUUCUGGCCUCCCUUAAAUCAGAUUAAAACAUACCUUGAUUCCUGCGUCACACAGGUCCAACAGCGCUAGCUCCUCCCCCACUCCGCCUCCUUGGGUGAGAUCAUCAGUAUUGACGAUUUCAGCCAAUAUAAUAUGACAGAGCUCCAGUACCUCUGUCAAAUGCGCUGCUUCGUAGCUAUCAGGGAUCUUGGUGAACUUUAGACCUAGUAGCUGAGGCUUGAUUGGGAUUGCUCAGGGCCUUGUCCUUCCUGUGUCAGGCUACUAGGAUUAUAGCCCUGGACACUCUUUUCAUCAGCAGAGCAGUAAUCUGAGCUCUUUUCCCAAACACCAGAUGACACUUGGUGAAGGUUAAAACAACUAACUUUAAUACACAUAGCGCACACAUUUAUGCCCCCAAAAGCCUAAUUUACAUACAAUAGGGUGAAUAGAGCACUAUAGCUCCACUGAGCUGAACUACCAGGAAGAAACACAUCCUGGGUGUUUGAUUGGAAUACACAAAUUUACUCUGUGCAGAAAGCUCUAAUAGGAUACUCCCUGAACAUACUGGUACCUGAAAAUAAAAAGGAAUGUCACACAAUGUCACAAUUACCUUGUAAUUAAUGAGGCAAUCUCUUUUGAUAUGCUAAUGGCCAUUAGCUUUGUUCCAGUAUAAUUUCCAACGAGAAACAUUCAUAUUUACCCCACAAAAUAAUAAUUAAGCCUAAUUCUUCUUAUAUUUGGAAUGUGACAAGUGCCAUCUUCUAAACAAGCCCAGACAUGAGUGGCUUGACUUGACCAAGGGAAAGGAAUGGUGAUGUCCGUCCUAUUGGAUCGUGGGUUAGGUGUUUUGUAUGCACUGUGACUUUUUUUUUUGCUCAUAAUAAACAUUAAUUUAUUAAGUUCUGCCUUUGUUUUAAUAAUCAUGUUACCUGAAGAGACUAAUUAGUAUUUUGCAAUUACAUAGCUAUUGUGCUAAGGUAUACAGGGAGUGCAGAAUUAUUAGGCAAAUGAGUAUUUUGACCACAUCAUCCUCUUUAUGCAUGUUGUCUUACUCCAAGCUGUAUAGGCUCGAAAGCCUACUACCAAUUAAGCAUAUUAGGUGAUGUGCAUCUCUGUAAUGAGAAGGGGUGUGGUCUAAUGACAUCAACACCCUAUAUCAGGUGUGCAUAAUUAUUAGGCAACUUCCUUUCCUUUGGCAAAAUGGGUCAAAAGAAGGACUUGACAGGCUCAGAAAAGUCAAAAAUAGUGAGAUAUCUUGCAGAGGGAUGCAGCACUCUUAAAAUUGCAAAGCUUCUGAAGCGUGAUCAUCGAACAAUCAAGCGUUUCAUUCAAAAUAGUCAACAGGGUCGCAAGAAGCGUGUGGAAAAACCAAGGCGCAAAAUAACUGCCCAUGAACUGAGAAAAGUCAAGCGUGCAGCUGCCACGAUGCCACUUGCCACCAGUUUGGCCAUAUUUCAGAGCUGCAACAUCACUGGAGUGCCCAAAAGCACAAGGUGUGCAAUACUCAGAGACAUGGCCAAGGUAAGAAAGGCUGAAAGACGACCACCACUGAACAAGACACACAAGCUGAAACGUCAAGACUGGGCCAAGAAAUAUCUCAAGACUGAUUUUUCUAAGGUUUUAUGGACUGAUGAAAUGAGAGUGAGUCUUGAUGGGCCAGAUGGAUGGGCCCGUGGCUGGAUUGGUAAAGGGCAGAGAGCUCCAGUCCGACUCAGACACCAGCAAGGUGGAGGUGGAGUACUGGUUUGGGCUGGUAUCAUCAAAGAUGAGCUUGUGGGGCCUUUUCGGGUUGAGGAUGGAGUCAAGCUCAACUCCCAGUCCUACUGCCAGUUCCUGGAAGACACCUUCUUCAAGCAGUGGUACAGGAAGAAGUCUGCAUCCUUCAAGAAAAACAUGAUUUUCAUGCAGGACAAUGCUCCAUCACACGCGUCCAAGUACUCCACAGCGUGGCUGGCAAGAAAGGGUAUAAAAGAAGAAAAUCUAAUGACAUGGCCUCCUUGUUCACCUGAUCUGAACCCCAUUGAGAACCUGUGGUCCAUCAUCAAAUGUGAGAUUUACAAGGAGGGAAAACAGUACACCUCUCUGAACAGUGUCUGGGAGGCUGUGGUUGCUGCUGCACGCAAUGUUGAUGGUGAACAGAUCAAAACACUGACAGAAUCCAUGGAUGGCAGGCUUUUGAGUGUCCUUGCAAAGAAAGGUGGCUAUAUUGGUCACUGAUUUGUUUUUGUUUUGUUUUUGAAUGUCAGAAAUGUAUAUUUGUGAAUGUUGAGAUGUUAUAUUGGUUUCACUGGUAAUAAUAAAUAAUUGAAAUGGGUAUAUAUUUGUUUUUUGUUAAGUUGCCUAAUAAUUAUGCACAGUAAUAGUCACCUGCACACACAGAUAUCCCCCUAACAUAGCUAUAACUAAAAACAAACUAAAAACUACUUCCAAAAAUAUUCAGCUUUGAUAUUAAUGAGUUUUUUGGGUUCAUUGAGAACAUGGUUGUUGUUCAAUAAUAAAAUUAAUCCUCAAAAAUACAACUUGUCUAAUAAUUCUGCACUCCCUGUAUUUGGUGUGGUUUUUUUAUUGAUUUACCUGGUCGACCAAGGCACCCCAUUUAUAAAUUGUCUUUGUGGUGGCAGCAUUAACAUAGUAAUAGUUAUAUUAUUAUGUUUAAGUGUGGGUGGUGUUAAGGUGGAUUUUGUCAUUAUUUCCGGUCUAGUGCAGACAAAUCGUGAACUGUAACCCUUUCACUACCACAACUACAUCACGCACACUCUCUUGGAGUGUGGUGCAUUUGUGACACAGGGUACUAUUGGCUUGUAUGAGGCGUACCCUGAGUGGGGCUGACCAUUUUUGCUUACUUACCCCCUAAAAAUAAAUGAAGUGUUUGCAGUGUUGUGCAGCAAGUAUUGAUCUGUACCAUUUUCCUAUAUGUUCUACAUGCAUAUGCAUGUACAAGUAGAAUUUUUCCAUUAUUCACAUUCACAAGUUACAUAUUGGAAAUAAUUGAAUUUUGGAAUUGCAUUCAAUGUCAGGCUGUGUCAUGAUCGUCUUGCAUUGAUGCAAAAAUAUUUUUUUAUAAAAAUGCUUCUAAGCUACAUUGUAGUUAAACGUUAGUUUAGCUUCCCUAGACAGUUUCUGUGUCCUUUUUAAAUCCAGUAACUUUCAGAGAUGUCGUUAAUUCUCUACAUCUUUUGUAAGCAUGUCUUGGAUUUUCACUGGCAAAUUUUCACUUUUCAUCUGGUUUUUUGUUUGUUUGUCUUGCAGGCCAACCACAAACAAAAUCUGACGGCACAAUAUCUGAAAUGCAUUCUGAAAAAAGCCCAAACCUCCCCGAUCUAGAUUUGAGUGUAGAUAAGGUCUUGGGAUGUAUGCCUUUACUGAAACAUCCAGAUUCAUGUCUUUUAACUAAGGACCAAGGAUCUGACAGUGAGGGGUUCCUACAGAAGAACCAACAGCAACAGCCUGUUGCAUCUGAAAAUGUGCAUAAUUAUUUGGAUACAGAAUGUGCUGAGUCAGAUGAACAAACAGCAGAUGAUGUACUGGACCAGGAAUCACUGAACAUUAAACAGGAAUCCCCUGAGAACACUAGUACAGGUGAGUAGUGCACAUAAUGUCAUCAGUGUAUACACAUCUAUAGUGGAAGCAAGCUAUUAUAUAGUACAUAAUUCUCAGUAAGGUAUAAAAUUAAAUUAAUGUAACUUUUUUUUAUUUCUCUGGUUUCCCUGAACAUAGAUUUGCAGGAUUCCAUGCCCUAGUGAACUGAUCUAUGUUCAGGGGAAUUCCCCUGAACAUAGACCUGCUUUCUAGCACACGUUUUUUCCCCAAAAUAAGACCUCCCCUCCAAAAAAGCCCUAUUGCAUUUUUCGGGGAAACACGGUAAUAGUCAAAUCCUUGGCAUACUUACCAGGGCUUCAUUUGCCAAUGGUUAGUGGAUAUUAUAAGCCCUGCUUUAGGUGCUAUAUAGAUUAACUCAUCGUCCCAUUCUUUAGUUUCUGUUUCACAUUGUCCACAUAGGUUAACCAUUAUGUGCACACAAAUAGUAAAAAAAGUUAUUUAACAUUUAAAUGGCAAAGAAUUGUGUAGUGAGACUGCAGGGGCAUGAUCUAUACAACUAAAUUGCUUAACUAAGCUAAUGAUCUUUGGUGUUUAGAGUAUCAAUUUGAUCACUUUAAAGCAGCUUUCAGCUUUCCUUGUUAGUUGUAACUGCCUUUUGCAGGAUCUACAGAAUAUGCGUGGCAUAUACAAUUGCUGAUUACUGAGACAAAUUUUAAUAGUGAUUUUUUUUCUCUGAUUCAGGUAGUGAAGGACACCAAGAUGGAGACAAAAUUGAAGACUUUCCCUCUUACCCUUACUCACUUGACUGGGGGGUUGAAUUUGACAUUUCAAAGUCUUUUAAUGGAGAUGAAAACUCUACAAAGCUACAGAAACAUAGGAAGAGUAAGGAAAAUCAUACAGAGAAUCCUAGCACAGAUGGAACGGAGAACAGUGACUUUGGAAUAAGUGUUUGGAAUAGUUCCGAUUUUGUAGACAAGAGAAGUCAUAGCGAGGAGAAGCGCUAUCUGUGCAUUGACUGCGGAAAAAGCUUCACACGUAAAUCAUCCCUUAUAGUGCAUCAGAGAAUCCACACUGGGGAGAAACUGUUCAUGUGCACAGAGUGUGGGAAGAGAUUUGGCCUUAAAUCCUCUCUUGUGAGACAUCAAAGAAUCCACUCUACCGAGUUUUUCAGGUGUACUGAAUGUGGGAAAAGCUUCAGAGAAUACGCAAAGUUUUUACAACACCAGGCUAGCCAUACUGGAGAGUGGCCCUAUACAGAACCUCAUUUAACCGUCCAUUAGUCCCAUUACCUCUACCAAAUUUUGAGUUGCAUCAGAAAAAGUCUGUUGCGCUUCUUGCUUGAAUAAACUAUUCUGCCAAAUCACCAGUGAGCUAAUAACAAUGGAAUCAUCCUGUAUUCCCAAGAAGAGAGAGAAAGAAGGUAGUCCUUUAGUAUACAAAAUUGAUAUUAAAUGUUCCUGGACAUAUCUAAUGUUGUCUCAUGUACGUGAAUCAAAUAAAUUGCGGUGGAAAACUAGAUUAUUAUAUUAUUUAUAAAACUAAUCUGCAAGGAUGUUCCACGGCACUGUAGAAUGGGUAAAAGGAAAACAUACGUAAUUGAUGACACACUAAUUCAUGGCAGCCCUGUGCAGACAAGCUCACAGCCUAAUCGUAGGAUAUUGUAGCAGGUCGUCAGGAUAUGGCAUUUAUUGGCAUGUCCUACAAGGUAGAACACCUGCUUUUGAAGACAUUUGUGGUAUGUAUUUUAAAUGCUAUACCUAGAUGAAUGUCAAGUCAAAAAUCUUUCAGACUACAGCAUUGUGUUCUAGAGUAGUAGUUCCCAACAAAGUUCAUAAAGAAUGCAGGUUUUGUCAGUAUCCACAAUGGAACAGAACUGGGAAAUGUCUAAACCCUGGACUAUUGGUGCGACAUGAGGAAUGGGAUUAAAACCAAUUAUUUAGAGAUCCACAAGUGAUCAAAAUGUUAGUUUGCUCCAAAUUAUACGUUUAUUUCAUCAGGGAAUCCAUUAAAUGCAUGUAAUAUGUUUGGGUUACUGACUUCAUUUCUUCAUGUAUAAAAACAUAUUGGCACAGUUUUUAUGACUGGUCUGUAAAGUAUUCCAGCAGUAAUUUUUAUACUUCAAUUAGGAUGAUUUUUAUUUUAUUUGUAACACUCCCAGUCAGUUAUUUGGCAGGGGACAUGGGAACCAAUACAUUAUAUGUGACAUAUGUCUAAAACCAAGAAUGGAUAAAUGGUAGAUUAUCUGUUGUUGUCAAAUUAUGACAUACGACUGGCAAACUUAUUGUAGAAGAUUUAGUUCUGUAAGACUUGAAGAUUUGCCUUUUAGCCAUCCCUGGUUUAACCCUGUUUGGAACACAUUUCAAGUGUUUUUUUGUUUUUUUUGUUUUCUGACACAUUAAAUCUUCAGGUGUGCCCCAGAGUAUAGAAUUCAUUAAUAUUUGGACAGUCCUGUUCUUCGAAUUAAGAAAUCAUGGAAAUCUCAACCUACAGUCUUUGAAUGUAUAGCUCUGACACCUCUUGAUGUGAGUAAAGCAUAAUCAUGGAAUAUAUUGUUCCUUGUGACCAAAGCAAUAGCUCCCCAUUCAGAAAACUAUGAGAAAGGUAAAUAUUUUUCUCACUCACUUUUGUGUCAUUGGUACUCCUGUCCAAGGCUUCUUGAUUGAAGUCUCAGUCUGUAAUGGAAGUUCAAGGGCAGAGCUGGACUGUAGACUUUAGGGUUAAACUGCUUGUUAACUGUUUCACACCUAAAGAUAAGCCGGUGCCAGGGAACCUCAUUCAUAACAAUUUAAUUCUGAUAUAGUUGGUAUGGUGCUAUGAUUGUUCCUUUUAAAUUGCAAGAUUAAAUUAAAAAAAAAUUCCCAGCCAUACUUCCUGCACCAGCCCAGAGUGAGCAUUUGCACUCUGAGUUGGUGAAAUAGUCCAAUCAAAUACUUCUCUGAUGACUGGACCAUGCGCUGGAGGCAUUAUGACAGGAGGGGGAGGGGGCUAAUUAGCAAUGGCCAUUAGG